UGAGAAUGGAACCUUUUCGUACUCGGCCGAUGCCUCGGCUGCAUGGAUCCUGUCGGGUUCAUCAUGCUGCGUUCGCCGCUGGCAGUCCUUAUCUCUCGCUUUUGGCCUGCGCGCGCAUUGAAUCCCACUCUCUCAGGCUGGCGACCUGCAGCGGGGCGCGCAUGGCAGGGGGGUCGGCAUUAUCGGUCGCGGCAGUAGUCGGUCGAGGGGCGGCGCGGGCGAUGUCGGCGCCUACACCAAGGUGAACAAGGUUCUGCCCCUGCGCGCCUCGACACGAUGACUCGCGCAGGUAUGGCCCGGGCGUAUAAAAAGCUUUUUGCCGCGGAACGCGGGAGCACUCGUCACCCGCCGUCCUACUUUAUCCGCUCGCCCUCUACCUCCCUUGCCACCUCCUACCAUCCCCCAUACCCACUAACGAACGACAAUGGUCCUCCCCUCCGAGCCCGAGUUCGAGCAGGCGCUCACCGAGCUGACGCUCAGUCUCGGACCCUUCCUGAAAGCGAACCCUGAAUACCAGAAGGCGCUCGACAUUGUGCAGAUCCCCGAGCGCAUCAUCCAGUUCCGCGUCGUUUGGGAGGACGACAAGGGCCAGCCGCAGGUUAACCGGGGAUUCCGCGUCCAGUACAACUCCGCACUGGGCCCGUACAAGGGCGGUCUCCGCCUGCACCCUUCCGUGAACCUCUCCAUCCUCAAGUUCCUCGGCUUUGAGCAGACGUUCAAGAAUGCGCUGACCGGCCUCAACAUGGGUGGUGGCAAGGGCGGCUCCGACUUCAACCCGAAGGGCAAGUCGGAUAACGAGAUCCGCCGCUUCUGCGUGGCGUUCAUGAGCGAGCUUUCCCGCCAUAUUGGCCAGGAUACCGAUGUGCCGGCUGGUGACAUCGGAACUGGCGCGCGCGAGAUCGGUUUCCUGUUCGGCCAGUACCGCAAGAUGCGCAAUGAGUUCGUCGGUGUUCUCACCGGUAAGGGCAUGAACUGGGGCGGUAGCUUCAUCCGCCCGGAGGCCACAGGCUACGGUCUCAUUUACUACGUCGAGCGCAUGAUCGAGAAAGCCUGCCCCGAGACCAACCUCACCAAGAAGUCCACCCGCGUCGCGAUCUCCGGCUCCGGCAACGUCGCGCAGUACACCGCACUGAAAGUCAUCGACCUCGGCGCGACCGUCGUCUCCCUCUCCGACUCGCGCGGCUCGCUCAUCGCGACCACCGACGAGGGCUUCACGCGCGACGUCGUCCAGGCGAUCAUGCAGCUCAAGCUCGAGGGCGGCUACCUCGAGUCGUUCGAGAAGUUCGCGGACGCGGGCAAGUACAAGUACUACGCGGGGCAGCGGCCGUGGACGCUGGUGGGGAAGGUGGAUAUCGCGCUCCCGAGCGCGACGCAGAACGAGGUGUCGGGCGCGGAGGCGGAGGCGCUGGUGAAGGCGGGCGUGAAGGUGGUCGCGGAGGGCUCGAACAUGGGCUGCGAUGUGGAGGCGAUCGAGGUGUUUGAGGCGGCGCGGAAGAGGGGUGGGAAGGAGAGUGUGUGGUAUGCGCCCGGGAAGGCCUCCAACUGCGGCGGUGUCGCGGUUUCGGGUCUCGAGAUGGCGCAGAACAGCCAGCGCCUCGCGUGGACGUCGGAGGAGGUCGACAGGAGAUUGAAGGGCAUCAUGUCGGACUGCUACGACAUCUGCCUCGACUCUGGCAGCAAGUGGUCGGGCGAGGAGGCCAAGGAGGGCGUGCUCCCAAGCUUGUUGAGCGGCGCCAACGUCGCGGGCUUCGUCAAGGUCGCCGACGCGAUGAAGGAGCACGGUGACUGGUGGUAAUCGGUUCGUUGAUGGGCGCGAUAGUCAUCGAUCGCUCGCGAUGACCGCACGUCGACUGGCGGACAUCGAGAUGCCAAUCGACGAGUGUGUGUGUGUUGAGGACGAGCUUGACGCGGAGGACGACUGUAGUUGCAAAAGGCACCCAGCUGCCACACUUGCAAAAGGCCGACUAAUAAUACCUAUGGCCAUAAUGGAAUGUACUUCAAACGAUCUUAUGUAGGCUACGCAGGUCAUGUACUUAUUACAUAUGUAGAAAUUACUCAAAUGUAUACCAGUUACAAUGAUGUAUUCGGAGCGA